AUGAAGCUCCCAAUUGGGUUGAGUGUCACAAUUCCCCUACUCCUUGUUGCAACCAUUGCUUUCUUCACACUCUCUCCACCAUGCCUCUCCUCCUCCUCCUGCUCCGCUCUCUCCUCCUCCGUCGCCGCCUCCCCCUCCACCUGGAAACUCUCCCUCUUCCGACUACACCCUCCCCACCGUUCCGCCGCAGCUCUGCUAACCGCAGUCGCCGCGGCAGAACAACAACAACAAGACCUCCCAGUCAAAGAAAGCUCUUUUUUCGUCAACAAAACCCCAGUACCUUUAGUCAAACCAACCGCGACCAAACUGGAUCGAAUGGAAUCGAACCUCGCCCGAGCCAGAACCGCUAUCCGGGAAGCCUCCCGCCUCCGCCGGCGGGGAACCCCACCUGACACCAACCUAACCUCCUCUUCCUACGUCGACGAAUACACUCCACGUGGCGCCAUCUACCGCAACGCCGACGCCUUCCGGGCGAGCUACACGGAGAUGGAGAGGCUGUUCAGGGUGUACGUGUACAAGGAAGGGGAGCCGCCGAUUUUCCACGACGGACCUUGCCGGAGUAUCUACUCGUCGGAGGGGAGGUUUAUUCACGAGAUGGAGAAGGGGAAAGGGAAGAAUAUGUACGUGACGGAGGAUCCCGACGAGGCGAUGGUGUAUUUCUUGCCGUUUAGUGUGGUGAGGAUGGUUCAGUAUUUGUACGAGCCUGGUGCUCGCGAGACCGACGGGAUUGGACGUGCCGUUUUGGACUAUAUCGGCGGUCCUCGAGCGACGACUUACCACCCACACCUCUACAACAACUCCAUCAGGGUCCUCUGCAACGCCAACACGUCGGAAGGUUUUAAUCCGGCGAAAGACGCUUCCUUCCCCGAAAUCCACCUCCGGACGGGAGAGAUCACCGGCCUGAUCGGCGGCCCGUCACCUUCCAGCCGCUCCAUCCUCGCCUUCUUCGCCGGCCGCCUCCACGGCCACAUAAGGAAACUCGUCCUCGACACAUGGAAAGACCGUGACCAAGACGUCCAAGUCUUCGACAACCUCCCUCCGGGCGUCUCCUACGAGUCCAAGCUCCGCAACAGCAGGUUCUGCCUGUGCCCCAGCGGGUACGAGGUUGCGAGCCCGAGGGUCGUCGAGGCGAUCUACGCGGAGUGCGUGCCCGUGCUCAUCUCCGACAGCUACGUGCCGCCGUUCAGCGACGUGCUGAACUGGAGCGCGUUUUCGGUCACGAUCGGAGUGGAGGAUAUCGGGAGGAUAAAAGAAAUACUGACGGAAAUUCCCGAGGAGCGGUACCUGAAGAUGCACAGGAGGGUGAAGCAGGUGCAGAGGCAUUUCGUGGCGAAUGGACCGCCGAAGAGGUUCGACGUUUUUCACAUGACGGUACACUCCAUCUGGCUCAGGCGCCUGAACGUUCGGAUCCAAAAUUCGAGUCUUUAA